AACUUGGGUGGCUAAGAUCAGAGGCAGAUAAGACUGUUGGUAGAACAAUUACUGCUUUAAAACCAGAAAUUUGCUUCCCCACAAUUUGAAACAUAUACUCUACAUCAAGCCAAACUCUCUCUAUCUUCAAACCCCAGGUUUCAGUUUUAUCUGAAUUGUGCAGUAAGAUCAUACAAAGCUUAGAGGAUGGGAUCGAGUGAAUGGAGUCAUAGGAGUGACUCGUUUUGGAGCAAUGAUAAUGUGGCAGAAACAGGGUGCCUCUCAAUCAUUGUUCUUGGUGCCUCUGGUGAUCUCGCCAAGAAGAAGACUUUCCCUGCUCUCUUUCAUCUUUAUUGCCAGGGCUUUCUACCACCUAAUGAGGUGCACAUUUUUGGCUAUGCAAGGACUAAGAUUUCAGAUGAUGAAUUGAGAAACCGCAUCCGCGGAUAUCUUCUCGGUGAGAGAAGCAGUUCACCCUCUGAAGAUGUGUCAGAGUUUUUGAAGCUUGUUAAAUAUGUAAGUGGGUCAUAUGAUUCUGCUGAGGGCUUUCAACUGUUAGACAAGGAAAUUGCAAUGCAUGAAAUCUCGAAAAGUAGUCAAGAAGUGUCAUGUCGGAGACUCUUUUAUCUCGCACUUCCACCAUCGGUAUAUCCAUCGGUUUGCAGGAUGAUCAGGAAAUAUUGCAUGAACAAAUAUAUAAGAUAUUUUCCAGCUGAUCUUGGUGGAUGGACUCGGGUGGUUGUUGAAAAACCAUUUGGAAAAGAUUUGGACUCUGCCGAGCUACUGAGUUCCCAGAUCGGAGAGUUGUUUGAUGAACCUCAAAUUUACCGUAUCGAUCACUAUUUGGGAAAGGAAUUGGUCCAGAAUCUGUUGGUGCUUCGUUUUGCUAAUCGCUUCUUCUUGCCCCUUUGGAAUCGUGACAACAUUGAUAAUGUACAGAUUGUGUUCAGGGAGGAUUUUGGAACUGAAGGUCGUGGUGGAUAUUUUGAUGAAUACGGAAUCAUCCGUGAUAUUAUCCAAAACCAUCUGUUGCAGGUUUUUUGUCUUGUGGCUAUGGAGAAGCCUGUCUCUCUCAAACCCGAGCACAUUCGUGAUGAGAAAGUGAAGGUUCUUCAAUCCGUACUCCCAAUUAAAGAUGAAGAGGUUGUACUCGGACAAUAUGAAGGUUACCGAGAUGAUCCAACAGUUCCUGACCAAUCAAAUACCCCAACAUUUGCUACUGUUAUCCUCCGUAUACACAAUGAAAGAUGGGAAGGUGUUCCAUUUAUACUAAAGGCAGGGAAAGCAUUGAAUUCAAGAAAGGCAGAGAUACGUGUUCAAUUUAAGGAUGUUCCUGGUGAUAUAUUCAAAUGUGAAAAGCAAGGGAGAAAUGAGUUUGUCAUACGGCUGCAACCUUCUGAAGCGAUGUACAUGAAGCUAACAGUGAAGCAGCCUGGUCUGGAGAUGUCAACAGUGCAAAGUGAACUAGACUUGUCAUACAAGCAACGCUAUCAAGGUGUUAUGAUCCCAGAGGCUUAUGAACGUCUUAUUCUUGACACGAUCCGAUGCGAUCAGCAGCAUUUUGUUCGCAGAGAUGAAUUAAAGGCGGCAUGGGAGAUAUUCACACCUCUUCUACACCGAAUUGACAAUGGUGAAAUGAAGCCGACUCCAUACCAACAAGGCAGCCGUGGUCCUACAGAAGCAGAUGAGCUUUCGGCUAAAGCCGGUUAUGUUCAAACACAUGGAUACAUUUGGGCCCUCCCACCUUAUAGAAACUUGCUAUAACUUGGUAUUUCAUCACCAUUCCCAUAUAAGUCGAGGUAUUGGUUUGUAACACAUCCAAUAAAAACGCAGCCAUGUAACCCUAUCUCAGCCAAGCCUAGGAACCUUUUGCCCUGCCUAUUUGAAGUAUUUUGUGUAUAGAAUAGGAUUCUAUAUCCCUUUUUGAAUCCUAUUUGGAACAUUUUAUGAAGGGUGUUUCCUUGUGAUGGGGGGAAAUAAUGUGCGUCUCAUUUUAGGGUAUGGCAUCAGGUUGGCUUGACCAUAGAAAUGUACAACUGUUCCAAACCUGUUUACUUGAGCCACCCUUUGUCGUUUGCAAGAAAUCAAUAGCUCCACAUUCAAACAA